AUGAAAUAUCUGAAUGAGAGCCUUAUGUGGCACAUCGCCAGCCAAGUGACCGAACUUAAGAAAUUGGUUGUACUAAACAAAGAUGUAUUGGUAGGCCUGCGCUCUAAUUAUGAUAAACCAGAACAGAUGAAAGAGUUGUUUAGAAGACUGCAAAGACCGAAAAUAUCUCAAAAUGUUGAUAGUGUUCUGCAAAGAAUGUCAAUCAUUGGAGUCAUUAUUUGCUUCCGAAGUCUGGCUCAGGACGCACUCAAUGAUUGUCUGUCAGAACGGAUACCAUUCCUCUUAAGUUCUAUCGUUGACUUCAAACAUCAUGUCAUGAAUGGAGACUCAAUGCUCGAAAACAUCAAAUUACAGAUCGUGAGUGAGAUGGCGAGUGCGACCGGUCUUCCCUGUAAAGUAGAUCCAGCGCUAGUGAGUGCACUUCGGUCUCAGAAAUGCGAGUUGGGUGAAGACGAGUACCAAAUGGCAUGUCUUCUAAUGGUGUUCAUCGCUGUAUCGCUUCCAAAGUUGGCUCGAAAUGAGUCCUCAUAUUACAAGCCGUCACUCGAAGCG